CGUCAAUGGAUUUGAAAAGAGUAAAUAACUUGAGACGAUGGCAAGAGAAGUUCAAUACACUUUUAGUUUUCUUGUCUACGUUUUCUGGAACAAGCUGGGUAGAGAGAGAGGGUUUGACCAGGCCUUUUCGGUCUGGGGCGUUGAGGAAGUUUUGACUUUGGCUAGCUACCUAGUUGCCGAGAUGGGGCUACCACUUGUACUAAUACAUACAGACACUAUGAAUUCUUGUACCUCAAGAAUUUCCACAAGUAUUCAGAAAUGUCUUACCUCACUCAAGAAUACUCACAGUGAAUGUUUUAUGAAAAGAAAAAAGAGUUAUGAGUUAUUCACUUGAUGUAUUCUUUUCUUGAUGUCUAUAAAAUAUAAGGCUCUUUAUAUGUCAAGAGUGAGUUAAUUUUCUUGUGAGUGGAGGUAUAGGGAGUAAAUAUGGUACAUGGUUGUAUGCAUGUGUAAGGUACCUGGUACAAAGCAAGCGCUGUACAGCGUAAACUCUCCUCCACUCCCACCCCAACAAAUCGUCCAAGCAUAAUCUCAUCUUCAUCCUCGCGACACACAACUUACAAGACAACAGGGAAGAACAUCUGAUGAUGAUGAUAAUGAUGAUGAUGAUAAUAGUUCUUAGCAACCCGUGAAGCUGAAGAGAAUCUCACUAGCUUCUUUUUAAAGACGGAUACUUUUCUUCUUCCUUGCUCUCAAUAUCGUCUUCUUCGUCUGUGGUAUACUUCCCCCGGUACUUGGUUGAGCAGGAUCAGGCCAUUCUUCACACCCUCAACCUUUUUCAUUUUUUUAACCCUUUUAACUUCUUCAACUUUCUUCCUGUUCCCCUUCCACUUCUUCUUCCUCCACGUCCUCAUCUUCAACUUCUCUCAUCUCUCCACCCAUCUCUCUAUCAGUCUAUCAGCCUCUGUACUAUCAGCCUCUGUAUCCCCUCGUCUGCUUUAUCCUUCUUCCUAUCGUCCUGAUCUCACCAAACGGCAGGCUGGUCCGCAACACCACCAUGGCUUCAAACGAAGCCCCCGCAACUACUCCAGCUGCUGCUGGAGGGAAAUCCGCAGGCGCAGAUGCUGCUCGUCGAACUACCGCUGAACUCAAGAAGGUCCAUAUCACAGACACACAAAUAACGCUGGCAAACUGGCACAAACAUGUCAACUGGCUCAACGUCACUCUCAUUAUCGCCAUCCCUAUAUACGGCCUCGUCCAGGCCUAUUGGGUUCCCUUGCAACUGAAAACAGCUCUGUGGGCUGUUGCGUACUAUUUCAUGACUGGACUCGGUAUCACUGCUGGUUAUCAUCGUCUUUGGGCUCAUACCUCAUAUUCCGCCACGUUACCCCUGAGAAUCUAUCUGGCUGCUGUUGGAGGUGGUGCAGUGGAAGGAUCCAUUAGAUGGUGGGCGAGAGACCACCGUGCCCACCACCGCUAUACCGACACAGAGAAGGACCCUUACUCCGUCCGCAAAGGCCUCUUAUACUCCCACAUUGGCUGGAUGAUAAUGAAGCAAAACCCCAAACGCAUCGGCCGAACCGACAUCACAGAUCUCAAUGAAGACCCGGUCGUCGUCUGGCAACACCGAAACUACCUCAAAGUUGUCAUUUUCAUGGGCCUCAUCUUCCCCAUGCUUGUCAGUGGCCUGGGCUGGGGUGACUGGUUUGGUGGCUUCAUCUACGCCGGCAUCCUGCGCAUCUUCUUCGUCCAACAAGCCACCUUCUGCGUCAACUCCCUCGCCCACUGGCUGGGUGACCAACCCUUCGAUGACCGCAACUCUCCACGCGACCACGUCAUCACCGCCCUUAUUACCCUUGGUGAAGGUUACCACAACUUCCACCAUGAAUUCCCCUCAGACUACCGCAACGCGAUUGAAUGGCACCAAUAUGAUCCAACCAAGUGGACCAUCUGGAUCUGGAAGCAGCUCGGCCUUGCCUAUGACCUCAAGCAGUUCCGCGCUAACGAGAUCGAAAAGGGCCGCGUCCAGCAAUUGCAGAAGAAGAUCGACCAGCGCCGCGCAAAGCUCGACUGGGGCAUUCCCCUCGACCAACUCCCCGUCAUCGAAUGGGACGACUACGUCGACCAAGCCAAGAACGGCCGGGGCCUCAUCGCCAUCGCCGGCGUCGUCCAUGACGUUACAGACUUCAUCAAGGAUCACCCCGGUGGCAAGGCCAUGAUUAACGCUGGUAUCGGUAAAGAUGCCACUGCCAUGUUUAACGGCGGCGUGUAUAAUCAUUCGAAUGCAGCGCACAAUCUGCUAUCGACGAUGCGGGUUGGGGUUAUCCGUGGUGGUUGUGAGGUGGAGAUCUGGAAGCGGGCGCAGAGAGAAAAUAAGGAGGUGGAGUCGGUGCGGGAUGAGUAUGGGAAUCGGAUCGUGCGGGCGGGAGCACAGGUGACGAAGAUCCCGGAGCCUAUUCCUACGGCUGAUGCAGCGUAGAAAGAAGUGCUCCUUUGGAACUUUUCCUUGUUUUGAUAUUUGACGUGUGCCUUUAGAAGGUGAAAAAGUCGCGGGUUUUUGAUGAUAUGCGACAAACACCAUUGUUUUCUGGAGUUUUUUUCUUUUUUUUCUUCUUUCUUUUCCCUUUUUUUUCCCUCCAUUAAUUUUUUCCUCUCUCCAUUCCUUGUUCUCUUUUCUCUCUUCCUGUACCCAUCGCUCUUGUAAUACGUAACGGCUGCAACGAACAUAACCCAGCACAUAUCUGAUUUUGAUUUAAUGUCUUCGUUUCUUUUCUUUGUUAGUUAUCUUCAUGGGGUUUCCUGACCAAAAAAAAAAAAAAUAUCUUCCGCCCCCUCGAUAACUUUAUUUUCCUUUUUCAUCUUGGUAUCCACCCUCCCCCCCGUCUUUUCAUCCGCUCCACUUCUAAGUGAACUGAAAUGCUGUCGGGAUAAGGUAUGCUUCACGCAUACCAUACCGCACCUGAAAAUGCUUUUUGAGUCUGGGUUGCGCCGUUUGUGCUUCUAUUUCUUUUUAUUCUCAUGUAUCUCUUCUUUUCUCCAAAGACCUUUUUGUAUUUUUCGCACAUCUCUUCCUCAGUAAUAUAUCCCUCCCUCCCCUGCCUCUCGUCUGCACCCUUAACAAAAGAAUACGCUCGGCCGCAUCUCUUUUUAAUAUUUGCUUUCUCCUUUUCUUUUCUUCUAUUUUGUUUUUUCUUUCUUCCUCCUUAUCAUCUCCCUUAAUUGAUGGUAAAAAAUAUGUCUGAUGAGAAACAACAGCGAGUAGUCUAGCAUCUAGACGAAUACAAGAAUAAGACUAAUACAAAAACAAAUGACGUUUUGCUUUUCCUUUUCUUUGAUUGAAAUGUGGAUAUGAGAUAACUAAAAUUUGACGAUGUGAAAAUGUCGUAUUUUUCUAUUCCUCUCCGCCUGCAACAAGAAAAGAAAGAACUUACAAGCAUUCUCAUUCUUUUGCACAGGAAAUCAAGGUUUUCCUCUAGAGUUAACUAUUAAAUAAGGGACGAGUAAUCCCUCCAGGCUUCAAGCAACCCGCCAGGGGCCCGUGUUGGGAGCAGAGAGAGGAGAGAAGAGAGAGAGAACAGAGGAAAUAAAUCUCAGUGAGGAAAGUAAUUUUAGUAAUUAAUGAAUCAGUAGUUACAGAUUGAAAAAGAUAUGAAAAGAAAACAAAACACUUUUGACAACUGGCAGUUAUCAUUUGGGAAUAAAUUGAGGGGAACAACAAGACAGCGGUUGAACAUGUGAUUUCUCGCUGUUUGAGAGGACAAGAGACAACACAGCAGGUUCAUUAGAAACAUCUGUAUGGAUAUCUAUCUAUACAUCUAUAUCAAACAUCAGAUCCUCAUAAUACUGGAUGAUAGUACGGAUUAUAACCUUGUCUCCAAGAAAGGAAUACUCAAUUUCCUUUUCCUUUCCCCCCCCCCCCCUUCAUUCUUUUAUCGAGUUAGUUAGAUUAGUUCCUUUUCAAUGUUAUGUACUGUGUGCACAGAGUUGUAUAACGGCGUGAUGAACAGUAGCCACGGAUUACAGGGACAGGGAACCCUCCUUAGCCUGCGGAAUGCAUAUUUCUUGCAUCCAUGCAAUAUGUAAUCUGUACGGAGCAUGCAUUUCCCGAAUUGCUGUUCUUGUUGGCCGUUACGGCCGUUGCGGUUAGCGAUC